GCUACCUGCCUCGUUGCUGCUUGCCCUUUUGCAUUCAGACAAUUACCAUUACCACUACUGCUUCUCAUCAGUACUCUGCCCGACUGCCGCACUAUCUUCAAAGUUACAUAGCCAUGGCUGUCGCAAAACGCGCUCGCACCGAAAGCAAGGUUGACCCUUCAGCAAAAAAUAUCAAGGAUACUAUCGACCAUAUCCGUCUGUUGGAGCGUCAGGUUGCAGAGAGCAAAACUCAUCUGAAUAACAUUGUGACCCUCCUGGAGUUUUGCGAGGAUGACUCGCCCAAAGUGAUCCAUGCCGCCAUUCAUGCCCUUUUCCGCGUGCUCUCGCCCAUGCUAUCGCGAGGAGAGCUCCAGCGACCCAAGAAGGCAGCAGCAGAGGAUAAGAGGGCGACUGUAACUCUGUGGCUCCGCGACAACUACGUCAAGUACUUGAACAGGACUUGCGGGAUCUUGAAUAUGCCCGAGGCAGGACUUCAGAUCCCUGCGUUGAAAAUCUUAAUGGAUCUCGUCAAAUUAGAGUCAGCUUAUCUCGGCAGCUUGUCGGGAGGUCACCAUUUCGCCAACGAUUUGUACGCCAGGAUCGUAGAAGCUUUAUUGAACUGUUCCAACAUGAGUCAACCUCUACUCAGCGAAUUCACGGAGAAAUAUUUCUCGUUUUAUGACGAUCUUCGAUUUUACUUUUUGAAGAACACGGCCACAAUCAUCAACACUGCAUUGGGAACGCCAUUAAAGAAGGACACAAGGGCGCCACAGAGCAAGAAACAGAAAAUCAGCAACCGGGCAGCACCAGAAAAAUUGUCGCUUCUUUUGGAAAACUCUUUCGCUAUCAUGGAGACAUUGAAGACGAUGCCUACGGAAGCUAAGGAGCUGGACGAGUUUUGGACAGGCAAUCCAGAUCCCAACGGCGAUAAGAAGGAAUAUACUGGAGAUAGCUUGGGGUUCUCUGACAGUGAAGAGGAUGAGACGGUUGAAGACUUGACAAGGGAUACCUCGGCAGCACCCGUGAAGAGACACCCAUUAUUGACACUGCUCAACCACCGUCGCGUGUUUUCGGAUUGCUGGAUCGCUAUCCUGAAGUUGCCCUUUACGACUGCUAUCUACAAGAAGACUCUGCUCAUCGUUCACAAGCGUAUUAUCCCUCACUUGCCUCAGCCAACAGUGCUCAUGGAUUUCUUGACGGAUUCGUACAAUGCCGGAGGAGCCGUCAGUCUGCUGUCAUUGAAGGGACUUUUUGUCCUCAUAACGGAGCAUAACCUUGAUUAUCCCGACUUUUUCAAGAAGCUUUACAUGUUGUUUGAUCGCAACCUGAUGCAUGUCAAGUACAGGGCUCGUUUCUUCAGUCAAGUUGAUAUUUUCCUCUCCUCACCUUUGCUGCCUGCCCAGUUGGUCGCAGCAUUCAUCAAGCGCAUGUCCCGUCUCAGUCUGUCCAGUCCUCCAGCCUCGAUCGUCAUUAUCAUCCCAUUCAUCUACAAUCUGCUGAAGCGUCAUCCAACAUGCAUGCAGCUGAUCCAUGGAAAGGCGGGCGACGAGAAGAGCGAUCUCUAUGACCAUGCGGAGGAGGACCCUAUGAAGUGCCAUGCCCUCCAAAGCUCUCUCUGGGAGAUUCAGACCCUCCAAAACCACUUUGCACCGAACGUAUCAACGCUGGCCAAGAUCUUCAACGAGCAGUUCACGAAGCCAUCGUACAACCUCGAGGACUUUCUGGAUCAUACCUAUGCGACCAUGUUCCAGAACGAGAUCACGAAGAAACGCAAGGGCGAGGCUGCACUUGCUGUUGAGGCUCCCAAGGGCCUGUUUAUUGUUAGUGCGGAAUCAACAGUGACAGCAGGGGGAGAUGAGGAUGAAGAACAAGAGGAACGAGUCGUGCCUGGAUGGGAGUCCUGGGAGUUUUGAACAUGAGCAGUUAGGACGUUAACAUGUUACUGCAUUAUAUUUUCCCUUUCAAAUUGCAUUCAAAAAUAUAUAUCCACUUCAUU